UCUCCACAUUGUGGAGGUAGCAUUGGUCUUGGAAAGUAUAACAGCAGGCACAUUGUCCAUUCUCAGGAGUCGUGACAGAUAAAACGACAAAGCUUCUCCUUUUAAGAAAAAAUAAACAUUUGACAUUUUGAUAAAGGUACAGCUGAAAUGGAUGAACUAAUGCUUGAAAGUCAACCAGACAAAAAGGAUAGAAUUGACAGCUGUAACAAUAACAAUGACAGUGUGUUUGAAAGCCCGGCUAUUGCAGGAAUGGAAAUAAAUGCAUCUGCAUCCCAAAUCAGUGGACAGGUUGUUGAUAAAAAACUUGUUUUUGAAAUGAAAAACUUUGCUGAGGGCAGUGUAUCCACUGUUGGCUCAGAUGGAAGAAGACUAGAGUCUGAAGAAUUUGAAAAUAUUUCAGUUUCUAAUCUUGAUAAAUUCACACUCUCUGCAUCAAAUAAAAUAUCAGCAGAAACACCUAGUGAAUUAUCCGAUGGACUUACAGUUACUGCAGAUAAGUCUGUAGAUACAAGCAAGGAUGUUAUUAGCCAAAAUGUUGCUCUUGUUGAAAAGGAAAUAGAAAAUGAUGCUGGUUUAAGUGCUUCGGGUGUUGCACUACAUAAGCCUAGGACUGGAAGCUUUGAUUGUAUGAAGUUUGAGGUUGCUCAUGAUGUUAUUGAAGAAGAGAAAGAUUUUGUUGAUGGAAUGGAUGAUAAUUUAAGAGUUAAUGAUAAACAUGUGGAAGGUGUCAGGAGAAGGAAUGUUGAAUCUGGUUCUAAAGUUGACAAUGAUAACUCGGAUGCUAAAGAGACAGAUAUAGAUAUAAGAAGUAGUAGUGAGAAUGAUAUAUGGGAUGCUAGAAGAAGUGGGUAUCUAAAGCAGUCAAAGAAGAAUCAAAGUUUGGAUGAACCAAGUGUGUCUCAGGGUUGUUAUAAAGACAAGGACAGGUCACGGUUCAGCGGAAGGGUUAUCAGUAUAAAGGAACAUUACGGACAUAUGAUGGAGAUGAGAAGGAGGUCAGAGAGUGGUCUGAGCGGAAAUGAUGAGAAACCUCGACAGAAUUACAGGUAA